AUGCCACGUGAGGGGGCAAGCGGUUUGUGGCGCUCGGAGGACAUGAUUCGCCUUGACGUCAUCACCCAGCGGGAGGUUCUGUACGACACUGUGGUCUGCGUUGGGCUGCUUGGAAAGGCGCAGUUUGUGGAUGUGAACGGCGGCGGGGCCGCCUUUACGCGGCCAUACACGGCCGAAAUUCGUAGAUACGAUGAGCUGGAGCGAAAGCUCUCUAUAAUCAACGUGGAGCUGGAGGGGGAGACGGACCUGAGCAUGCAGGGUCCCCCCGCAUUGGGUACCCCCGACCAUUUAAGAAGACUUCUCUGCGGCACCGUGCUUGAGGAGGAGGAGAAGGUGGAUGCCUUGCUGGAAGACCUAAAGACGGUGAAUGCCUCGCUUCAGGACCUGCGACGUGAGAUGAACUUCCGCCUGGAAUUGUCUCUGCUGCACACGCGGCUGCAGGAUCUCUUGCCAUCUCACCUCUCGCAACCUUCCGAUGCGCUCCUCCAGGCACCGCACUUGCUAGGGAUGGUGGAUGCAGCCCGAGCGGAGGUUAUUUACGCAAUGACGUACCGCGCAACCAAAGGCAACGCCCUCGUCGAGCUGGAUAACAAGCAUGCAAUGCUCCUUGAUCCAUUGACUGGCGAGCGAUGUGUUGCCAAAAUCCCCUUCGCGGUAUUUACCUCCUCGCCUGCGGUACUUAAGCGGGUGGAGCGUCUCAUUCUCAGUCUUGGGGCGACCAUUCACACCCUGAGAGAGGUCUCGGAGGCCAGGACGGAAGAACAUGAACAUGAAAUGGGAGAGCUGCAACACAUGUAUGAGCGGAUGCAGCUGCGCAAAUCGGAGCUGCUUCAGAAGCAUGCUCUCAUGCAUUCUACUUUUCUUCGGGUUGUUCAAAUGAAGAAGCAUAUUUUCUUAACCAUGAAUUUGUGUGUUGUGCGUGGUUCGACAUGUACUGCCUCUGUAUGGAUUCCAAGAAGGCAUGAAGAGGCCCUUCGCACGGCUAUAAGGGAAGCCGUGCAUACGGCUGCAGGCAAUGUGGCUUCCGUGGUUGCACCUCACCCUUCACAAAGUAAUCCGCCUACUUUUUUUGAAACCAACAAAUUCACGCGCGUUUUCCAGAGCAUUGUGGAUAGUUAUGGUACAGCACGAUACAAGGAAGUAAAUCCAGGUGUUUUUACCAUUGUAACCUUCCCGUACUUAUUCGGCAUUAUGUAUGGUGAUAUUGGUCACGGCAUACUAUUGCUCCUUUUUGCCCUUUACUUUGUCUUGAUGGAAACCCGUUGGAGCCACUGCCACUUGAAUGAAAUGCUUGCCAUGCUUUUUGGUGGGCGCUAUCUUUUACUGCUGAUGGGACUCUUCUCGAUUUACAUGGGGGCUCUCUACAAUGACUUCUUUGGGUUCUCGGUGGGUUUUUUUUCUAGCGCCUAUGCGUGGCCCCCGAUUGGCGACCAAAAGGGGACCGUUCACCCACUCGGUGGGAACAAUCGGACGGGUGUUUACCCAGUGGGACUUGACGUUGCGUGGACAGAGACAGAGAACAAGUUGGAAUUUUAUAACUCCGUCAAAAUGAAGUGUGCAGUCAUUGUUGGGGUGGUUCAGAUGCUCACAGGAAACGUGCUCUCGCUUCUUAACCACAUACACAACCGUGACCUUCCCAAGAUUUUUUUCCUCUUCAUCCCUGAGUUGCUGUUCCUGCUUUGCACUUUCGGUUACAUGUCGCUUCUUAUUGUGAUAAAGUGGUGUGUCAGUUGGGAGAACACAAGUGAGGCGCCAAGUAUCCUGGAAACCAUGACGAACUUCUUCUUGCAGCCUGGCACUGUGACGCAGCCCCUUUAUAAGGGACAGAGUUUGGUUCAGGUCAUACUACUACUUACCGCCUUUGCCAUGGUUCCUGCUAUGUUAAUUAUGAUGCCUCUCCUCGAGGCCCGUAAACACCGAGGGGCGUCUCGGGGGUAUUGUUUAUUUACGGACAAUCUUUCAUUACCGGUAAUAAGCAGGGAUACGUCAUCUGUGGAUGGGGAACAAACCGUUACUGUUUCUGUAGAGCAUCGGAAUGAUCCCUCUUCAGUUGUUCUAGAAGGUGUGUGGAGAGCUCAUUCAGAUGCAGUUGCAGACCGGGAUCGCGUUGAGGACACAUCUGCUUGGCAUGUUCCGCACUCUACUGCUGACGCACCUUCUCAUGCUGCUGCUGCUGGUGAUGUGGAGACGGGUCAUCCUUUUGACCUCUCCGAGGUUAUUAUUCAUUAUAUGAUACACACUAUCGAGUAUGUUCUUGGUUGUGUCUCGAAUACGGCAUCGUAUCUUCGUCUAUGGGCCCUUUCGUUGGCGCACGCCCAGUUGUCUGAGGUCUUUUUCACCUUUGCGGUGGUAAAGACGCUUGCCGUGGACACAACAGGUGUUCUCAUUGCCGCAGGCGUCGCUGUCUGGCUGGGGGUGACGCUGGCGGUGCUUGUAGGCAUGGAGGCCCUUUCUGCCUUCCUGCAUGCGCUCCGUUUACAUUGGGUAGAGUUCAACAACAAGUUUUACGUCGGUGAUGGCGUGAGUUACGAACCAUUUGAGCUGCUUGGCUCUGUGGACUAG